CCACCCAUGUACAGCCAGUUGUUGGUACUAGUAGUAGUAGUAAUCCCACCACCACCACCAAGAAGAAGAACAGGAACAACCACAAGAAAAACAACAAGAAGUUUGUUGAGUGGUGAUGACGGAGUUAUUUAUAUGAGUUUGAAUGCACUGGAAAAUACUGGAAAUCUAGUGUACCUAUGCAUCAAGUGAGUAAUACAGACACUUUUCUGAACUUCAUCACUUGUUCUUCUUACUGUAUUUCCCCUAGGUGAACUAUAGGCUUGUACACAUGGCCUUAGCUAGAUGCCAAUUCUCUGAGCCUGGCUUCAAUUACCUAUUUCUUGAUGACCUCCGCUACUAGUACUAGGAUUGCAAGGAUUAUCACUAUAACACUCCCACUACUGUUGGUAGUCAUUGAUUAUCAACCAAAAAGAGUUUGAUGGGGUGAAAAACCAACGAAAGUUGCCAAAAGAAGUAGCACUUCACAAGCAACAACGGUCCUGUCGUUCAAUAUUGUUGGCGGUGGUGGGAAUGCUUGACAGAGGCAGACGGAAUUUGUGAUUGGGGUCUGCAAUCGUACCAAUGUUGUGCCCCAUUCCAAGGACGCRGUCUUUCGAACAAAGCCCGUCGCAUGGCGGGCUGGAUCUAUCGWUAAAAUACGCAAUAACAAUUGUGGCUCUAGUUUACAGUUUUGYAAGRCAUGGCGGGAUCGUGUAUAGUCGUGGUUCAUUCGUGUGGGUUCGGYUGAAAGGUUACUAUAUGGUACAGGCGGGCGGGGUGCACUGUGCCUGCCGCGUUCGUGGCCUCGCGAGCCAUUCCACGAAAGAAAACGUGUUUUGGCACGUUAUAGCCCGCGAGGGGUUCGCCCGGAGUGUGAUGGGAGGGAAACAAAGGACAGAGUGAACCAACACAGCAUCCCCGUGUUUUUGGCAGAAGCUAGCGCGUCUGGCUAAACGUGGAUCCGUUCUUGCCCGCGCUGCCGCUGCUGGUUCHGGCGCUCAGGUUCAGAAUCUGCAAGUCGGCCCUGAGGUUCUCGGCUUCCUCGUCGUCCUCGUUGUAGUUGCCUAAAGCAUUUCCCGAGGAGUGCGUUCCGGUGUACCACGCGGGCGAGUCCGACGAGGCCCGGUCGGUGCUAAGAAUGGUGGUCAUGUACGAGGACGGCUUGGUUUGCAGCUUGGCCCGCGCCAGGAGCUUGUUCUCCUUUUCCUUCGGGGACGACGAGAGACUUCUCAUCGACGUGCCAAUUACCUCGACCCCAGUGUCCGAUCCUACCGAGUAGCCCCCGCUCUUCGUUAGGGCGUAUYGGGAGGACUCCAGCAAAAUGGCCGAGACGCCGGCCUCCGUGUCCAGGUACUCGUUGCCGUUGGAACCGUCCUURCCGUUGCUCCAGACACCGGUCAUUCGCUGCCGGUACUCUUCCUUGCGUUGCUUCUGGAGGAGUUCUGCGCGCUUGCUCUGGAUCCGGGCCACAAUGGACAGCGCGACAACGACCAGCGUGUUGAUGACCAGGAGGCUGACGCCCAACGACUGCAGCAGGGAGCCCACCCCGCUGGGAAUCGUCGUGUCAAAGGCGCCGGGUUCCACGGGGAGUGGCGCGUCCCAAAAGACGUAGGGUUCUUCUCCAAUGGGGGCYGUCUGGGCAUUGGGCCAGGGCAGCAGGCUGUCGAGGGUCCCCGUAUCGAUGACGCUCGUGUCGAAUUCAUCCUGGAGCUCCCCGGCGACCGACGGAUCCUCGCUGCCCCACUGGUAGACGGGGUACGUGACAUUGAGCUGCGUGUAGUAUUGCUGGGGUUCGUUUGAGUGGGGUGCCAGCGUCUGCCCAAAGGUUUUGUUGGUGGCCAUGUUCAGGACCUUUUCCUCUUCMUCAAAGGGCAUCGUGGCAGUUUCAAACUUCGGGAGAUUCCAGACAAUGAUCGGCUCCGCCUGGUCGUCGUCUCCGAUUGCCGCCACGGCGUUGGUCGCCGAUCGCUUCAUCGCCGUGGCCGUCUGGGUUUUGUAGACAUCGCUCCCAAUGUCGUUAAAGGGGCAGACGGGGAACAACGAUGUGGGAUCGGUAGAAACCACCAUUUCGACGCCCUGCGAACACAAAAAGAGCAUCACCAGRGACUCCAGGCGCUCUUGCUCCAGGUCGUCCAACAUCAGUUGCCAAAAGGGCACGUGCACGGAAAAGGCAAUGCUCACGUAACCCUCAAAGCCCGGAACGUAGCCAGUGGUUUGCUGCAGCUCUCUGCGCUGUCUGUUUGUGUUAUCGCUGCUCGCAUCGUCCAGGUUUUCCUUCAAAUACUCGAGGAGGUUGGAAGAACCUGCRGAAACGAUCGAAGAAGGGAUCCGUCUUGUCGUUGUGGCUGCCCRAGUGUCUUUUUGGUUCUUUCCGGACAUUGUCAUGGUCAGCGUUGCGUCAAUCGUUGCCGUGUCUAGUGUCGAGAUUGUCGCCGAAGCAUCCGAUGCUGCAGAUGGUAACAUGGUCAUCGAGGUCAAUUAUCAGGUUCUUCGUUGUUCUUUCUGUUCCCUUCGRACGCUCCUCGAUUUGACACUCUUCUAUUGUGUCGUAGCGGAUUGGAUUUGUUCUGUGGAGGCGCACUUCUCUACCCCGCGAUUUGUAGUAAAGAGAUGUCUGUUGUUCUUCGUCUGACAAGUAGAUGCGCUCUGCAAUGGUUUGUUGUGAGUGCACUACGAACCCAGUCAACAGACAGCAAUGAUUGCGGUGAUAAUGCUUCGAUUGUUUCAACUGAACUGAUUUUGUUGCAGCAAUGUCGCGUCGCGCUCGGUGCUACAAGGUCUAUGGAAGGAGGCAAGUGUCGGUGAUAUGGGUGRAACCUUGGAUAAACGGGUGCACUCCUGCCCCAGGACUCGUUUGUURCUAUCGUGCUCUACUUUGGUACGGCCCUGUCACGGGUUUUGCGGUUCACCYCGUUUCUACCGUCUACMGGGUAGUUUGUCCUCUGUCUGUAUCCACGACAAAGACAACACGCAACGCUCCCCGUUCUACCCGUUGCAAAUUAUUGCAGAAAACAGAGGCUUCGUGCACCGGUCACGUGGGUGUGACAUAGGUCUCGUGCACCUGMCUAUUAGCAAAGCCGAAUCCCGCCUGCCAAACACUGGCACAGAAAUUUCCAAUGGGACAGAUCAUCGGGGUGUAAAAUCCGUCCUUCGACCGUUACAGAUUAAUAAAAUUUGUUUACUUCG